AUGUUUUGUGAUGGUGGUGGAAGUGGAAGCCUUUCUGAACGAAGUAGAAGACAAAGUCGUUCAAGUCGUUUAUUACUUGGUUCUAAUUCUGCUGGGGGUGCUGGAGGAAUUGAUGGGACUACUUCCAAUUUUCGAUUACUUUCUCCACAAAUUUCUUCCUUAUUUUUACCUUCAAUUAUUAAUACUCCAAAAACUUUAUCUUUAUUUUAUUCAACACCAAUAGUUAAAUAUUGGUUGUCUUUAGUGUUUCGUUUAUUUUAUUUGGUUUUUCUGUGUUGGGCUGUUGCUCAACCGGGAUGUUUUUUAUCUGGAUGGAUUGAACAAUUUAUUUGGCUAUGGGCUCUAUGUUGGGUUAUUGACUCUAUUUGGGUUUAUGUUUGUUGGUCUCAACAAAUAAAUUGGACUGGCAAAAGAUUAAAUAUAUUAAUUGAUAUAAUUAUAACUUCAACAUUUCUUUUAAUACUUUUAAUUAUUCGUUUAUUAAUUACCUCAUCAAUUGGAAGAAAGAAUAAUUCUUCUUUUUCUUCACUAACUUAUGAAUUAAAAAUAUUUUGGUCAUUAUUUAUGUUAUUUGAAUUUAUUAGAAGUUUAUAUAUUUAUUUACCUUUAUUUAAAUUAAUUGGGCAAUUAUUUAUUAAAAUUAAUUUAAUGUUUUGGAAAAUUUUGUUGCCGUUUUUGAUGUUUUGUUUGUUAUUUAUAAUUAUUUCUACAAUUGUUUUAAAAUCUGUUUUAUUUCCUGAUCUAAGUGCGCAACCUGUUAUUAUGGGAGAAACUUUUGUUUGGACUUUUAAACAAUUUUUUAUGACAGAUUUGAAUAUUUUUCAUCAAUCGAAUGAAUGCCAACGCCAAUUGCUUCCCGAAAAUAGACCUUAUUGCCAAGCCUUAGGUGGAUAUGCCAAUCCACGCUGCCCAUCCCAACAUUGGCUUGCCAAAUUUUAUUUAAUUGAAUUUUUUGUCAUUUUAAAUUUGUUUUGUUGGCCUUUACUUUUAGCAAUUUUGAUCAGUGCUUUAUUUAAAUUAGACAAAAAAGAAGUUGAAGAUAUUUGGAUAAAUCAGAGAUAUUCUUUAAUAAUUUGUUUUAGUUUACGUCCAUGUUUGCCACCUCCAUUAACUCCUAUUUUCCUUGCUAUUCUAGCUUGUUGCAAAUUUGGUGCUUCUGGUAAUUUUUCAUGUUAUUCACAAAAUGGAUUAAAAAAUAAUAAUAAUGAUCUGAAUACUUCACAAAAUUUUGGAAAAAGGAAAUAUUGUACUGUGCAAAGUUUUCGUUAUCGUUCAAGUGGUGGAUUUUGGCGUGAUUUAGCUAUAAAUUUAUGGAAUGAAUUAAAUAAAGAAAAUAAAAGGGAAGAAAUUAAACAAAAAACAGAAAUAGACAAAACAAGUCUUCUACUCGAUUUUAGUGUUUUUACGCAACGAUUGGAAACAGAAAAGGAAUCAAGAUGGGAAUAUAUUAAAGAUACAUCAAGACUAAAAGUCAAUCCAUCCCUCCGUAAUUGGCUUCGACUUUUACCUCAUUACCGUCCAAACAGUUUUUCUCUGCCAAUUGACCAACUUCCUAUAGACUUACAAAAACAUGCUCAAGAUGCUUCAGUUCAAAAUCUUUUAGAUAUUGGCUGUCAAUGGAGGCAAAAAAGACUUUUCCAAUUUUUAUCUCUAAUUGAUCAAGGAAAAUCUGAAAAUAUAUUAAAUGAUGGAAUUAUGUUAAAUGGAAAUGGAUUACCUCUAAAUCCAUCAGGACGUUGUGGACUUGCUGGUCGUGGCAAUUUCCCACGUUUUGGACCUAAUCGGUUGUUUCUAUACGCACUUUUUCAACGUUGUGAUAUUAACGAUUCUAAUGACAAUUCAAGCAAUAAUUCAAGUUUUAGUGCCAAUUCAAAUGACAUUAACUUAAUUAAUGUACUCGUUCAAAUGCCUUCUGGUCGACUUCCAUCACGAUGGGCACUUUCUCCUGGUCCUCAAAUAGUUGACGAAUUCCUUGCCCAGCUACUUUUACAACUUGGACUUCCCGAUCCAGAUAUACACACAAUUAGUUGUAAAACUAAUCUCUUGCCAGGCCAAAGAGAUGGACCUAUAGCUGUCAUUAGUGGAGAAAAUCUUUUAUCUGGAGGAGUAAUGUUAGAGAAGUUAUGGCCAGAAUGGCCUCAGGAUACAGAUAAUGCAUGGACUGAGAUAAGAAUUUUUUAUAAUAUUUGGAAAAUAAAUAAUCUAAAUUUAAUAAAUAUUAUUAAGUCAUUCCAAUACCCCCCCCCCACUCCUUAAUUUUUAACUUACCUAAUAUUUUUAAGUGUUUCUCUGGGCUGUUGAUCUAAGCGAUUUCUCUCAAUUACAUCAACUUGCAAAGGAUGGGGAGCUUGCGUGGAAGUUAAACAGAGAAUUAUCUACUGGAAUGGGCAAAUUAUUAAACAAUGCUUUG